AUGCUGCAUGGUGCUUGUGCAACUUACCCUCCGAUGCAAAAGCUCAGGGAAGUUCUCGUUGAUCAUGCAUCAAUCAACAAUGAUGACUUCAUGAAUCGCGACGUUUCCAUCUUCCUCAAGAUGGGAGUUUUUGAGGAGGAAUUGAAGAGCCUCUCACUAAAGAAGUUGAGAGCACAAGUAGCUGUUGUGAGUCUUGGGAUGGUGGAAAUUCAGUAG